UUAACGGUGAAUGUGAUCGAUAUGUAUAAAAAAAUUACUUUGAUCAUAUUGAUGUUAUUUGUGAUUGUUUAUUCGGAAGAAAUUUCUGUCAAAAAUGUGACGCAAGCAAAUUUCUUAAGUUUAAGAUUGUCGACAAUUGUACCAUACUCAUUGCACAAUGAUCAAAAUUUCACAAAGAAUAAUACAAAGAGAUCGCUUUUUUUAAUAAUCCCACCAUUGCAAACACGAAAUGAUUACAAAGAGCCAAAAGAAAUGGUCCAAAAAAUGAAACGUUGCGGAACAUUAUCUAAGAAAAACAAAUUUCUCUCAUUAGCGAGAAAAAAGGAAGAUUCCAUCAGAGCAGAGAUGAAGGUAGGAAGUCUUGAUAGAAAUAUUAAAAUUCCCAGGCAAAAUUCAAAUGCCCGUACUCUUUUAAAAAACAUAAAGUAUUUACAAGAAAUUCCUGCAAAUAAGAAGAAAGCUGAAACAUAUAAAGAUAAUACGUUUUUACGAGCCCUCAAAAAUAACAUGAAUGCAGAAAAUGUAAUUUUAAAUUUGGAAUCUCAAGAAAAGAAAAAGAAAUGUAAUACGGAAAAUUGUAUUUGUUAUUGCAAAGAGGAGAAUUGCUUCUCUAAAUCAUCGAUGAAAAAUUCAUCGGAAAUAUUAAGUUCUCCCAGAAAAGACAAGCUUGAAAAAAUAAACCGUCAGAAAGCAAAAGAGGAAAAUAUAAAAUCAAAUGUCUUACAUCAAACAUCGCCAAAAUUGUAUCAUAAAAGUCUUCAAGAAUUACAAGUUCCUAAUCUAAUCAACUCUUUUCCCACAUUCUACCAAGAAAGAAUACAUCCCAUGAAUAUCCCUCGUGCACCAAUUUUACAAAAAACCUUACCUUACAUAAUCAGAAACGAGAAAAAAUUUGAUAAUAUUCCAUUUCCUUCAUUUGAGAACAGACCAAAUUUUCUACUUAAAAGUAACGCUUACAAUCAAUAUCAUCCGAUUAUUCAUCGAAACUUACAUCCCUGUCCACGUACAGAUGAAGAAAAUCGAAUUGAAAGUCCUACAUCAACUACUUCGUCUUCGACAAGCUAUGUUGGUGCAACAAUUAGACAACAAACAGAGAAUGAUCUUAAAUCGAUGGAAACCAUUGGAAAAGAUGAAAAAUAUUUUUUUAAGUUAACUACAGAAACUCCGAAUAAUUUUGUGUCAAUUAAUUCAGAAACAGAGACUAAUUUUUAUCCAAGCUAUUCGGUUAAUAAAAUUGAAGAAAGUAGCAUUACAGAUAUUUCUAAUUUAGAUGGAAUAACGUAUAAAUUAAAGAAUUCUACAGAAAAAACUAAAGAAAAUCAAGAAGAUGAUUUUUCUAAGCUAAUGCCAUUUUUUACAAAUUAUAUUGAUAGAAGUAGAACACCAUCCAUCAUCUAUCCAUCAAUCAUGCAAAAUGAGAAAUUGAUAAAUAUGGAAGAGUGUAUAAAAUUAUUCGGUCGCGACGUGUGUGUGCUCAGUGCAACGUCACCAGAAGUACUUGCAAAACAGAUACCAAAGAAUAAUAUAAAUGAAUAUUCUACGAUUAGAAUUCCGGAAUAUAUAAUGCAAAUGUCCACUAAGGAGGGAACAACAAAUAACGUCAAUUAUUUGGAUAAAUUUAAAACAAUUGAUACGUAUGUAGAAUCGAAAUCAUCCACUAGUGGAAUUAAAACGUCAAAUAUUGAUUUGAAUGAGUAUCUUGAAUCAACAAAUGUUGAUUUGAAUGAGUAUCUUGAAUCAACAAAUACAGAAUUAAUUCUAAUUGAUUCUAAUGAAAAGUUUCCACAAGAAUUUAAAUUAUUUAAUAUUAAAGAAGAUACACAUAUGCCAAUGAAAAAAUUGAUGGAUCAGAUAACUGAUAAGACUAUGGAGAUUGAAAGAAAUACAUUGUUAGGAAAGAGUAAGAGUCAUGUUAAGCCAUUGUUAAAUUCAAAUAAUAAGGAAGCCUUAAAUCCAUCUUCAAGUGAGAAAUAUCUUUAUUCUACUAAUUCAUAUGAAUAUAAUAACGAUAAAGAACUGGACAAUUUGAAAAUUGAUCAACAAACUUUGGCAACUUUGGCAGAUAUAAAUAUUAAUUCAUGGAGUACUCUUGGAGUACAAAAUACUGAUCGUAAAGAAGAACCUACAACUAAAAUAUUUCAAGAACAGCUUGAAGAAAAAAUUAUACCUAUCAGCUCUGAUUCUAACACUGAAUAUAACUUUGAAGAAACAACUGAAAAUGAUUCAUUAGAGAAAACCAUUUACUUUGAAAAUGAGAUUCUUCAAAAACAACCUGUAACACAAUAUCUUGAUGAAAAAACAAAUUAUUUAAAUAAUAAAGAAGAUAUCACCAAUAGACCCGAAACAACUAUCGAUUUACCAUCAAAAAUAUUACCAUAUUGUGAUAAUACUUUACUUUUAAAUUCCAUUAGAAACGUCAUCAAUGAUUUCACAUCGAAUACUUUCUUAACCGAAACAAAAGAUCUUAAUGAAAAUAUUCUUCAAAAACAAGAUAGAAAUUUAUUGCCAGAAAUUUCACAAAUUCCGAAUCUCGAGAAUAUUCUGUCAAUUCCGCAAACAGAAAAUACAAUUGUAGAAAAGGUGAAAGAUGUUUUACCCGAUAUCACAGCUAUUCUCAAAAGAAACUUUACAGGCGAUAGGUCACUUGAUAUGAUCAAGAACAGUUUCCAUAGCAUAUUGCAGACUUUUUCCGCAAAUUUUCAUCAAAAGCUCCCAUCAAUGACGGUCGAGGAACAUCAAUUCAAGGACGGACAAUGGACCAUCAAUCCAAUAACCUUAGCAUCGGUUCCAGACAGUAAAUUAUCAAUAGCAAAUCCGGUAAACUUGCAGAAAAGCAAAAAUCUUUUAAACUCCUCAGCAAUCGCAUCGCAAGCAGAUCAAUACAUGCGGAACAUGAUCGCGCAAAGCGUGAAAAGCAGUUUAACCAAAGACGAACAUAAGGAAAUAGAUAAUUCAAUAAUUCAUGUGCUAAAUAAUAUUCUUCAGACAGUAAAAGAUUUAGAAGAUACAAAAAGUACAAAAAUAGAUAAUGAGAAAGUGCAGAUGAUUAGUUAUCAGGAACCUAAGGCGUUAGAAAAUAACGCUAGCAUGAUUAUUUCUAAUUUUUUAGAUUUAACAGAAUAUGAGAAAGACGAAAGCAUUGAAGAAAAAACAUCAAGGAAAAUUAUUUAUAAAACAGACAAAAAUGUCAGAAAUCAAAUCUUAAAUGGGAUACAGAAGAUAGAUACACAAGACAAUGAAGAGAAAGAACUAGCUGAAUCAUUAAAAACAACAUACCAUAAAGCUAUUUCGCAAAAUAAUCUCAGCAUGUCAGCAAUUCCUGUAGAAUCAAAUUUAAUAAAAGCUGAAAAAUUAAAUACAAAAGAAAAAAAUGUAUUUCUAGAGACAACUAUAAUUUCACCGAUUAUAACUAAAAAUCUUGAUCAAACAGAAAAUGAUAUUGUUACUUUAACGCCGAGAAUAAAGGAUAUUAAUGUAAAUAAUAACAAUAAUAAAUCGUUAAUAAAUGAUUCACUGGAUAAUCAAGUUUUGAAAUAUACACAAAAUUAUCAUAUCAACGAAGAAAAUGUUCAAAUUACAACAAUGCCCACAAACUUUAUACAAAAAACUUCAUCAAAUUACGCACAGAUGUCGAAUGACAUAAUUUCGGAAAACAUGGAAGAAAUUGAAGAUAUUGAAAACAAAACUGAAUUCAUCUUAAAUAGAGAAAUAUUGACGAAGUUACCUGAUAAUUUAAUUUCAUCUACAGAUAUAAAAUAUCGAAAAGAGAAAUCGAAAAUCGCUUCUUCGACUGAUGAAAUUGAUCCAGCAAUAAUAUUAGAGAGGAUUGAACAUAAUUUGUCACCAAUAAAAUAUUAUUCGCCAGAAAUUUUAAAAUACAUAAAAAAUCAUCAUAAUGCUGAUGCAUUUAUAAGUGUUAUACAAGAAACUUUACCCGAUCAUGCACAAAUGUCGGAUAGCAUAAUUUCACAAAAUAUAACAAGUACUAAAAAUAUCGGGAAUGAAGAAAGCAUAUUAAAUGAAAAAAUAUCGACUAUUUCAAUUGAUGAUGUAAUUUCAUCUCUAAAUGUAGACUAUGGAAAUUAUGAAGCCAAAAUUACUCCUUCCACAGACAACAAUGUUUUAGAUUCGCAGCAGCAGGAUUUUAAGACAAAUAACAUUAUUGCCAAAAUCUACGAAGCUACUACAGAAGUUCAACAAACGUACGCAAAAACUACAUACUUAAAGGUAAAAUCUUCUGCUGACAAUAGGCCAAUGAUCAAUAUAUCUUCAUCAACUUAUAAAGCUGAUGCAAAUAGCAACAACGAUAAUAAGGACAAAAAUAGCAGCAUUGACAAUGACAAUUUAAUUGGCAACAAAAUGUAUAAUGCUGAUAUUACUACUAAUGAUAAUAUUAUUACAGAAACAAAUAAUGUAACUAUUUCAUCCUUCAAAUCAUGUCUUUUAAACGAUACAAAUCUUGUUCAACUAUUUCCCUCAUUAAUUACUUCCGAUAUCUCCGAACUUGAGAAAUCACAACUUUAUUAUAUUAACGACAGCAUGAAAUUACCGUUCGAGAUCAGAAAAUUAAAAGAUGGUUCUUAUGUGUUAUCGAUCACCAAAGACAUAUGUGAGCAAAAAAAAAUCCUGGAAAGAAAAUGUCCCUGCUGUGUGCCAUUACAAGAACAUGUGAUUUUGUGGAAUAAAAAUCAAAACCAAAAAGAUGUAGAUAUGAUGACUUCAAGUCAAGAAGAUAUGUAUGUGAAUGAUGAUAAAAAAGAUUAUUAUUUGACUGAAUCGCCCAACAUGAUAACUAUAAUGACGGGAAAAAAUAUUUUAAGAAUGCAAAAAUUAGGAGAAGAAAAAGAAAGGAUGAGCGCGCACUAUCAUUGGAAGCAAAAUUUAAAUGAUAAAAAUUUAAUAACAAUUUUGAUGCCAGUCAUUGAUUGUACGAAGAAAUAUAAUUUAUUUAAUUCUAAAAAUCAAAAAAGAAAUCCUCCUUUUAAAAGUAUUGAUAUUUCCAAAGAAGACACUAAAAUAAACAAUGAGGAAAUGAAAUCGGAUAAAUACCGAAUAGUGGAUUUUGAAAAAGGAAAUGUUACAGUUCUAGAAAAGGAAAAAGAAAGAAAGCCUCAGCACAUUAUAGAAUAUGAAAAUCGAGAGAGGAUUCCUAUUUCGAAGAUUAUUAUUUCCGGAGAUAACGUCAACAUGAAGAGCGAAAAAACAAGUCGGGAUAAAUUAACAAAUACUGAAAAAGGAAAUGUUUUUUAUAAAAAGAAAAAAAAGGAGCAUAAAAUGCGUAUGAUUGACAAUAAGCAGAAUGAUUCAAGAAUUAAAAUUUCUGCUGAAGAUAAUAAAAAACCGUAUAGAUAUCAGCGAAAUACAAGUGGCAUUUUAAAUAGAAGAGCAGAAUUAGUGAAAUCUAUACUUUAUUGGCUUAAAGGCCUUUUCUCAAAUAAAUAA